AUGCCUGCUUUAUUGAAAAGAAUUGCCUUCGAAGUCAAUGGUUCUUUAUUAGAAGAAACCAACACCAUCACUUCUGAAUCAACAGAUGGUCAUUAUAUUUCUUUACGUCCACUAUUACACCCAACUAAAGAACAAACUGCCUUCCCAUUCGAAUGGGCCUUUGCUGGUACAAACAAAGAUAUUACUGUCUCUAAAGUCUCUGAGGAUACCGUCAAGGAAGAUUUCUUAUUUGGGUUUGACUCAAACAAAUAUUUACAUAUACCUAAUCAACAUGAGGGUCCUGUCGAGACAUACUGGAAAACUAUUCACAAUGGUGUCAGAGAGGAAACAGGUGAGAUUUUCCCAAUGGGUAAGGCUCAACCAGGUGUCAAAUUCAUGGAAAUGUGGCAACCAAUUGAUUUUUCAAAACAAGAUCUAGUUAUUACCGAUGGAUCAGUCACUAAAGGAAGAUCUGUCACUUUAAAGAUUGAUACCGCAGAAUACUUCGGUUUGAUCAUUGUCGUUGGACAAUGGAUCCAAGGGUUCCUAAGUAAGAAGGGACAACAUUCCACUGAAGGUCUAAGUUUUAUCAGAGCCUUUGAAACUAGUCAAGGUACUGUGAAUACUCUUGUCAAGUACGGUAGUGAUUUCAGUAAGUUCCCAACUUUGUUUGACGCAUUGAGUGUUGGUACCGUUGUUGAUGCUAACGGUGCCUCGUGGGAAACACUAGAGGCCCACUAUUAG